AUGGUGGGAUCACUGCAGUAUCACGAGAGAAUUGAGAGUACAGUACCGCCAGUUAAGAAGAGCGGGCUUGGUCAUGGGGCGGCGUACUUAAAACAGGCCUGGGGACGUUCGAACCUCGUCUCGGUUGACCUCCCAGAGAAGUCUGCAAAUUGUGGUUAUAACAACUGGACCCGUGAUACGGCACUCUCCAACGAGAAGGAACAUGUCGUCAAUCCUUGGACGGAGCGCAAAUAG